AGCUGCGGGUCACAUGACCUGACUGUCUGCUCUCACUGAGCAUGCUCCAACCCCUUUAGUGUUGUCAGGCAAAAUACACUAGACGGCGGUCGGCGCGGCGCCAGGCGGGAAGAGGCUGAGGCGAGGACAGCAUCCCGCGUCUCCAUCCUCUCUGAAGGUGCGCAAGACGUACUGGCUUCCUUCCUUCCCAGCUGCAAUGGUUGGCACGAGGCCUAAAGCUGACUGAUUGAAUCCUGAGAACAGCUGAAGUGAUGGACAUCAAAAGCCAGUGCUGGACCGACGAGGAAUCCGACGGUGAGAACGAGCCGGAGCAGUUCCUGUACGGCAUCCAGGGAAGUUGCGCUGCUGACCUAUACCGCCAUCCUCAACUUGAUGCAGACAUUGAGGCAGUAAAAGACAUCUAUACCGACAGUGCUGUCUCCGUUAGGGAGUAUGGCAUCAUCGACGACGUCGACAUUGAACUUCACAUUAACAUCGGCUUCCUCGAUGAGGAGGUUGCAACAGCUUGGAAAGUUAUCAGAACAGAGCCCAUUAUUCUGAGACUCCGCUUUUCUCUUUCUCAGUACCUCGAUGGGCCCGAGCCAUCAGUCGAUGUGUUCCAGCCUUCCAAUAAAGAAGGAUUCAGCCUUGGCUUACAACUCAAAAAGAUCCUGAGCACAUUUACGUCCCAGCAGUGGAAGCAUCUCAGUAAUGAGUUCCUCAAGGCCCAGCAGGAGAAGAGACACAGCUGGUUCAAAGCCGGCGGAACCAUCAAAAAGUUCCGUGCCGGGCUCAGUAUCUUCUCUCCAAUACCCAAGUCUCCAAGCUUCCCCUUGAUCCAAGACACGGUCCUGAAAGGGAAGCUGAGCGUGCCUGAACUCCGCGUGACCCGCCUCAUGAAUCGAUCCAUCUCGUGUACCAUGAAGAACCCUAAAGGGGAGCUCUUCAGCUAUCCGCCAAAUAGCCAGACCGUGGCGGUACCGGCGGCCAGGGCUCCUGCACAGAUCACCACGAGGCAGCUGAUCGAAUUGUUUUUCUCAUCCCAGGCGGGCGGACACUGCAAGAACAUUCCCACACUGGAGUACGGAUUCUUAGUGCAGAUAAUGAAGUACUCCGAGCAGAGGAUCCCCACGCUUAACGAGUACUGCGUGGUCUGUGAUGAGCAGCACGUCUUUCAGAACGGAUCCAUGCUGAAGCCGGCUGUGUGCACGAGGGAGUUGUGUGUCUUCUCCUUCUACACCCUGGGCGUGAUGUCAGGUGCUGCAGAAGAAGUGGCCACUGGUGCAGAGGUGGUAGAUCUCCUCGUGGCGAUGUGCCGAGCUGCACUCGAGUCUCCUCGCAAGAGCAUCAUCUUUGAGCCCUACCCUUCUGUUGUUGACCCCAAUGACCCCAAGACUUUGGCCUUCAACCCAAAGAAGAAGAAUUAUGAGAGGCUGCAAAAAGCGCUGGACAGCGUCAUGUCUAUACGGGAAAUGACCCAGGGCUCGUAUUUGGAGAUCAAGAAGCAGAUGGACAAACUGGACCCUUUGGCACACCCCUUGCUACAGUGGAUUAUUUCCAGUAAUAGAUCUCACAUUGUCAAGUUGCCUCUAAGCAGGCAACUGAAAUUCAUGCACACCUCCCACCAGUUCCUGCUGCUCAGCAGCCCUCCGGCCAAGGAGGCUCGUUUCCGCACUGCCAAAAAGCUCUACGGCAGCACCUUUGCCUUCCAUGGUUCCCAUAUAGAGAACUGGCAUUCUGUUCUGAGAAAUGGACUAGUCAAUGCCUCUUAUACCAAACUGCAGCUGCACGGGGCAGCAUAUGGAAAGGGAAUCUAUCUCAGCCCCAUCUCCAGCAUCUCUUUUGGUUACUCAGGAAUGGGGAAGGGACAACACCGCAUGCCCACGAAAGACGAAUUGGUGCAACGUUAUAACCGCAUGAACACCAUACCACAGCAGAGUCGUCCGAUCCAAUCGAGAUUUCUACAAAGUCGAAAUCUGAACUGCAUUGCGCUUUGUGAAGUGAUAACAUCCAAGGAUCUGCAGAAGCACGGCAACAUUUGGGUGUGUCCUGUAUCGGACCACGUUUGUACUCGCUUCUUUUUUGUGUACGAGGACGGUCAAGUGGGAGACGCUAACAUCAACACACAGGAGCCCAAAGUGCAGAAGGAGAUCAUGCGGGUGAUCGGGACCUAGAGCCGCAUCGCCGAAGUGAUGGAGUUUUUUUUUUUGCAAACUGGACCCUCAUCCAUCGACGUGGGCGGAAACAAGUGGACAAAAAAAAAAUAAAAGCAAGUGAAUCUUUUUGAGGAAGGCGAGCUGACCUGCGAGGUAUUGGGAGGACAAUUAUUGUGUUUUUUUUUGUCGGACUUGCUUUUUAACCGUAAAGUCACUGGCAUGGCUUUUCCACAGUUACAGCCUGCUUCAUCUCCUUUCUUGCUGCAUAUGUACUGUAUUGCCACUUAUAUUUUUCCACUUUCUAUACACAAUUCUAUUAUCCAAUGAUCGCUUGCGGGUCAUCUGUAAAGGAUGUAAAUGCACACUGGAAUUAAUCCCCUUUUUACAGGGAACCGUUUUCUUCAUCGUCCUUGGGGCAUCAAAAUACGAUGCAAAACAAAUUAAUAUUAUCGCAUAUUAUUUUGGGCUUUUUUGUUGUUUUAAAUUACAGUGUUUUUAGAGUUGCAAAGGAAGUCACGUCAGGCACUUUGGCAAGCCAUGCAUAGCUCAUAGUUGGUUCCCCAAAUACUGCGAGAGAUGAUGGCAGAUAAUUUUUCUGUCGAAUAAUGUUUGAGUAAUGGCAUCGGUUUUGUCUGUACAAUUGUUAUCUAAAGGGCAAGGAUAGCUCUGUCAUUUCGUCCUUGGCCAAUGGAAUUCAUUUGCCAGAAUUCAAUAAGGGCGGCUUUGAACUAUCCUCUAAAGCAGGGGUCCUCAAACUACGGCCCGCGGGCCGGAUACGGCCCACGGGACCGUUUAAUCCGGCCCGCCAACACUGAACAAAUUGUAUUAAACUUUUUUUUGUGGUCAUUUUGCCUGCAAUGACUGCGUUUCCCCAGUAGAUGGGGAAUCGCUCGCCUGCGCAUUUACUACCGGAAGCCGUGUCAGAAAGCUCGGUGCACACUCACAAGUGCGUGUACGGACAUGGCGCACUCGCGCUCUACUUGUAUCAGUCCCGAAUUUAGAGCGUGGGCUGUGACGACAGCAUUCUUGUAAUUCGCGCGCUGAGCUUUCAGAUGCAGUUUUGCGCUAAAGCCACCCACAAACCUUCCCCUGGAGUCCUUCCAUUAAAAUGAGUCGCCCAAGGAAAAGCAAGGUGGACACAGUGCCGAGCGUUUAAAAGAGAGUGGCCAAUUUGGCUCGACGUACGCGACGUGACGUUCAGCCACAUGAACGUCAACAUCUACCCGUCACAGAUCGAGGUAAACGGACCAACACCUCGGAUCUCGCCUAAGAAUUGCCCCAACAAAUUUUACUCCAGACUAUGACGCACUAUCAAACUUUAACAAAAAAGACAGCGGUGUCUACAAGCCUACUGGAACCUACAAAAGGAUUAUAAGGAAGGAACACAAGAACUUUAAGAGACUGCUCAUAUGUGUCAGAGAGGUUCUGCUGACAACUGAGCUGAACUUUUAUCUGUUAAGAUUGUGCAUGACACAACAGAAAGUUAAUGUUCCAUGUUUUUUUUUCUAUGAAGAACCCAGAGAGUUAUUUAGUUAUUAUUUAUUUCCAGUUUUUUCUGUGAAGAACUCAGAGAGGGUUAUUAUUUAUUUCAUUAAUAGUGUUAUUAUUUGUUUCCUGACUUUUUUUCUGUAAAGAACCUGGAAAGGGUUAUUAAAUAACAUAAGACAAUAAUUUUUUUAAGCUCCCCUACGAUCGUUACACUUUUUCUGUUACAAACUGACACUGGCUCCCCAUCAGAGAAGGGAAAGGUUAUGUGGCCCUCACAGGAAAAAGUUUGGGGACCCCUGCUCUAAAGGCACUUUGUUAUGAUGAGAUUUAUUGAUAGUGUUAUUAUUUUGUCAUGAUGAAUUCUUACAGCGAGGUACGUAAAUGUCCUUUAUACAAAGUUAAAACAAAUAUUGUCAGCUAAUUUUGACAUUGUUUUUACUCAUCAAAGAUAAAAGAUUGAUUUCCUAAUAGAGUGAAUGAAUGACAACAGCACCUUGCGAUCCAGAAGUCAUUUCCUCUGAUGUGCAUAAUGUUGUGUUUUGGAGCAUUACUUUUUCCUGUCAAAAUCAAUUUACGGAAAAGUACUCAAUACGUUGCCCAGGUCCACCCCCCCUGUAAAGUGGAUGUAUUAAAUAUACACAUUAGCAAAAUUCAACCUUGUGUAUAUAACCUGGGUUAUGAAUUAUAAUUUAUUGUAUGUGGACAAUGGCAGGCAUUUUCUUGACAUUGUAUGAGACGUUGCACUUAAUCUACGCUUGCCUAAAAUGAUGUGUCCUAAAACUAAAAUACAUUGGGGGACUGUAUUCUUAACUAUGUAUGUCUGUACAAAGAAGAGCUGUAAAUAUGGAUGGAAUUUACCCAGCAAAGUACGGAUGCCUGUUUUUCGGGGGGCUUUUUUGCUGCCAAUUUGAACGUCUAUUCUCUCGCCGCUUGUCUCUGGUGUAGAAAGUCAAUGAUGUAAAGUGGGAUUAAAGACAAUAAAAUCCUGA